AUGGCGCCCAAAUCAAUUCUAGCACUAGCCCUCCUUGUUGUCCUGGUGCCAUUCUCCCAUGGCGUCACGGCCUUGGUGUCGUCGUCGCCGCCGUUCAACGGCAGCAGCGGUGGUGGCUUCAGCCUCCGGCUCAUCGCCAACCACCAGCCGACACACUACGACUUGGCGAGCCUCCAGCGUGCCAAGGAGCAGGUAAAGUGCAGGAUCAAGCACCAAAUCCUGCCAAAUGAGAUACGGCCGUUCAUGUGCCCGCUGCAGGAAAUGAUGUACGCCGUCAUGGUGGGCAUCGGCACGGGGGCUGGGUUCCAGAAUUACCAGCUCGCACUGGACAUGGCGGGCGGCUUGUCCUGGAUGCAGUGCUUGCCGUGUCAGCCCUGUCUGCCGCAGCUCACCCCGGUGUUUGAUCCAACCAAGUCCCCGACCUACAGCACCGUCCCGGCACACAAUACCCUCUGGUGCCGUCCUCCCUACCAAGCUUUGCCAAACGGGGCGUGUGGGUUCCGCAUUGAAUAUCGGGACGCCACCGGGGCUUCAGGGUACCUUGCCAGGGACACCUUCUCCUUGCCCACCGGGAACAACCAGUUUGUGCCACUGGAGGGCAUCGUCUUUGGCUGCGCCCACCGCACUGAGAACUUCCAUAACCAGGACACCGUCGCCGGCAUCCUCAGCUUGGGAAUGGGACCGGUGGGCAAGCCUCCGACAGCCUUCACGAAGCAGGUCCUUCCACACCACGGCGGCCGCUUCUCCUACUGCCCGUUUAAGCCGGGGACAAGCCUGUACAGCUACCUCCGGUUUGGUAACGACAUCCCUAGCCGUCCACCGGCGGGUGUGCACCGCCAGAGCACGCCUGUUCUUGCGCCGGCCGAGAACAGAGAGGCCUACUUCGUCAAGCUCGCGGGGAUCACCAUCGGCGUCAACCGACUGCGCAGCGUCACGCCGGAUAUGUUUCGGCGCACCGCGCACGGGACGGGCGGGUGCGUGAUCGACAUCGGCACGAAGAUGACGUCGUUCGUGCACGCGGCGUACGUCCACAUCGAGCAGGCGGUGCGGCAACACCUGGAGCACCACGGAGCACAUAUCGUGGUGGUCCGAGGCCACAAGUGCGUGCAGCACCCAGCGGCGCACGUCCUCCCGAGCAUGACACUCCAUUUCGAGAAUGGUGCGUGGCUUCGGAUCUUGCCGGAGCAUGUGUUCAUGCCGCUCGUCGUCAGCGGCCACCAUUACCAGUGCCUUGGCUUCGUCUCGUCCACGGACCUGACGGUCAUCGGCGCCCGGCAGCAAGUCAACCAUCGCUUCAUCUUCGACCUCCAUGAUACCAUACCCAUCAUGAGCUUUAAUGCCGAGGACUGUCACCUAGAAGGCGCCUGACCUCGGCAACAUGUAUCGUGCAGCGCUGCUUCAACUAGAUCUCUGCUCUAGAGUCUAGACAUCUGGAGCAGCAGAAAUUUGUGGCGAGAAAAACUCAUUUAAUAAUUAAGGCAGGCGCGAUCUUGUCUCCAUUCCAAAUGC